AUGGCCACUGACGCUGAUGAAGCACAGCGAAGACGUGAAGAAUGUGAACGUAAAGCAAGGCGUGGGGAAAUGGAUCCCCGUUUGGAAUUCACAUUUCAGUUGUUAAUAGAUGCUACGCAAUUGCCGCGGCAUCAGUUAAUGGAUUAUAUAUUUGAGGGCGAUAUGCUGGAUGAAAUCAAUCAGUUAUUUUUACCUAAUAUGAAAAAUAAACUAUUAUGGUUUUACCAAGAAGUCGAUGAACCGGAACCGCAACCUGUGAUGGAUCCAAAUAAGCCUAGUACAUCACGUUCGGCUAUGGCAUCGAGUAGCUCAAAAACGCCACAAGGUGGGGGAACAUCACCAGGUGGUUCGGCACCCGCAAAGCAGAAAAAAUUAUUUCUAACUGAUGGCUGGACAUGUGCUUUUACCGGCAUUUGUAUUUAUAUAUUUCGCAUAAAUGUAACCAAACAAUUGCCUGAGGAGGGUUUUCAAAAGGAUUUAUUCUGUGGCAUUAUUGAUGCCAAAAAUAUUGGUUUGGUUACCUCCAUCGAACGUAUUGUUGAGUAUGUUUUCAUGCAGGCCUUGGCUUUUCCCAGCCUUGAAGGCGAUGAAGAAGAUGUUAGUUGUGGCCUUAUCAAGGGUCAACUUCUGCCAGGAUUACGUUCAUUUUGUAGUGCUUUACGUGUGUGUGAACAAGUUUGUGAUCAUUAUAAUGUCUUUAAUGAUGGCUGUGAUAUGUUUGAGAAAAUCGAUCAAAUCGAAGAGGUCAAAGACCUGUCAAAAAAUCAAGAAUUUUGUAAUCAACUAGAAGAGCGCGUAACCAACUGGAUUAAGGGCAUUAUGAAGAUAUUGGGUGAAAGUGAACAAUUGCGCAAGGAGAAUGAUCACAGUGGACCUCAAGAUGAGUUGGAGUAUUGGAAGAAACGUGGUGCACAAUUCUCUCAACUUUUAGCUCACUUACAAGAGAAAGAAGUUCAGUUUACUUUGCACUGUUUGUAUUUGGCUAAUUCGAAAGUGAUGCGUGAUUGGAAGGAAACUGAUCGCAAAAUAACUUUCUGCUACAAUGAGGCCAGGGAUAAUUCGAAGUUUAUUCAGGCAAUGGAACAUUGUUGUCAUUCGUUGUAUUUGGAUGAUCCGGUCUGCAUGAAGGAAUCUAUUUUAAGCCUGUUACAAACAGUCCGAUUAAUUUAUAGUGUUUCACAAUUUUACAACACUUCUGAAAGAACUUCAGCACUUAUGGUUAAGAUCACCAAUCAAAUGAUAGAAACCUGCAAAUCUUAUAUAACUUGUCGCUGCAAGGAAACAAUUUGGUCUCAGGACCGUAAUUUAGUACGCACUAAACUUAGUAAUUGCAUCAAAUUAAAUCACAUUUAUCACGAGACCUACUACACCAUUAGAGAGCAACCGUUUUUACCUAAUCAAACACCAUUUGGAUUUUCGGAAAAUUUCGUUUUCGGAAAAUUCGACACCUUUUGUGAACGUUUAUCGAAAAUUACUUCGAUGUUUAAUCUAAUCGAUGACUAUAAUCAUCUUUUUGAAAGAAGAUUGGAGGGUUUAUUAUUGGGUGAAGCUUUGGAGGAGGCUUCAAAUCUUUUCGAGGAAGCCAAAAAGGAUAUUUUAUCGAAGAAAUAUGAUUACCUAGAUCAUCGUAAUGCUGACUUCAAUGAUGAUUAUGAUAAAUUUAUUACUAAAACGGAUACUUUGAAAGAUACUAUAGCUACUUUGAUAGAAACGAAUUUUGAUACUGUCUGGGAAACGCCACAGUGUAUAAGAUUUCUAGUGCGUUUCGAAAAGGUUAGCGAGAAAAUACCUUUAACUAAAAUGGAUGAAAAAUAUUUGCGUAUUAUACGUUAUGUGGAUAAAGAGGUGGAGAGAGUUUUAAAACUCUUUCGUAAGCAAAGAGAUGAUCCACCGGUUAGCCGAAAUUUUCCACCUAUGGCAGGUCGUGUCUAUUGGACCCGUUCCUUAGAUUGUCAUAUCAGCGAACUGGUAGAUGCUGUAUGUGAACAUCCAGUUUUGGGUAGUUUACCACCCUGUCGUGAUUUGGAGCAUCGUUUCAAUCAUGUUAUGACCGUACUGCAUGAGUAUGAAGACGAAAUAAUUGCCAUAUGGUUGGAUCAGGAUGUUAGUGUGGCAGAUGCUUGUCUGCUGCAGCCUUUGUUGUCUCUGCAAGGUGAUCGCAUUUUUGUUAAUUUACAUCCAACAAUACCACUGUUAAUAAGAGAGGCAAAACUUUUGGCUAAACUAAAUAUUGAGUUGCCUAUAGUGGCGGCUACACUGAUGAGUCGUCAGGAUUAUUUUAUUACCAUACAGGAUUCUUUAAAUCAUCUUAUAAAAAUGUUUUUGAGUACUGUGAGAGCCGUAAAAUUGGAAGUGAGACCUUUGUUUUUACCACAACUUGUGCGUUUAACGGCGAUGCUUAAACCGGGUUUGACUACAAUUAAUUGGACCAACCAAAACUGGCAUAAAUUCUAUGAACGCUGUAAACAAGCUAUUGAAACGUUUGAAGUACUGGUAGCAAGAAUACAUGAUAUUUACUCCAAUCGUAUAUUGCAUGUGUUAAUGUGUAUGCAGGAGAUAUCAUUACAAGUCCUUCCCGGAGACGAUGAAAUCUGGACUGUUGAUGAGUUUUUAGAAAAGAGUGAAGAGUCUUGCCGUAAAGCGGCUAUAGAACUAAAUCGUAAAAGUCAAAUGGUUUCAGAAGCUGUAGAAGAAGUUUUAAAUUUGGUAGAUAAGGCUACGGAAACUUUUAAGGAAAUUGCUGGAGAUGAUGUUGUGACAUUAUUUGAUGUUUCAGCUAAGGAUCAAACUGCUUCAGCUAGAAAAGGUGGAGAUACUGCAGGAGCCGGUACUAGUGCAGCAGCUGGUGGUGCUUCUACUUCCAAUGCUGGUGGAGGGGGCGCCUCUGGUGGCCAACAACAAGAUUGGAGUAUUUUAUGGUCUUGUUUUGAUAAUCCUCUAACUUUGUUGGCCACUUCGGAAAGUUUGCCUAAAGGCAUGCAGGACAUGGUUUGUAAUGCUGUAGUGGAAAUGAGACGCUACUAUAGCCGCAAAGUUAUAGAUGUUUUAAUAAAAGUUAUUAGAGCCGCUUUAGAUACUAUACGACGACGUUUCAUAGCCGAUGAUGAUGAUACUGCUAUAAAGAAACCAGUAUUUGCUUUAUAUGCCCAACUACAAAUACCCAAUGUAGUGAUCAAACCUAAUCUGGAGGAAUUACAAGAAAUAUUGAUAACAGCGGGUAAAAAUAUAACUGGCAUAGCGAAGGGAGUGGCCCAGUGGACUAGUGGUAAAGAAAAUCCAGUAAGUGGAAAUUAAUAUAAUAGAUUUUUAAUAAUAGUGGAUAAUUUUAUCGACAAUUCUCUGCAGCAAGUCUCUAUAACACCUCAGCCUCGUGUAGGACGUAAUCAUAAUACCAAACGUCGUAAACUAUAUACCUUAGCCUCAGAGGAACGUCCACAAAUGCCGCAUAUGCUCAAGUCUUUCUACUCGGCCAUUAUGGACAAUAAAGAAGUGGCCAAGGCUUUAAAUCUUUUAUCGAAUUGCACUAAAAAUAUUAAACCCGAAAUACAAACUUAUAUAAAACGUUGGAAACCUUAUCAUUUUCUUUGGAAAAAUGAUCGUACUACCAGACAACUUAUGGAAUUUGGUUUACAAGAAUUUGAAUCUACCCUAAGAUGUCUAGCGGAAUUGGAUGCUAAUCUUUUGAUAGAACCCGAUAUGGAAGUAUUUGGUCAGUCUAUAGCGGUUUAUAAUGAAAGAUUGAAAUAUGGUUUAGCUAUAGAAAUUAAAUCUUGCAAUCAUAAAAUUGGACAAGCUAUGAAGAAAAAAUAUAAAAAAGAAAUGGAUUAUGUAUAUGCUGUGAUCAAUGAAAUGGAUCGUAAAUUAGAUCGUCCUAUUAGAGACUUGGAUGAUGUACGCAUGAUUAUGGAGACACUGAGUAAGAUAAGAGAACAAGAAGUGGAUAUGGAAUUACGUAUUGAUCCAAUUGAGGAAGCCUUUAAUGUUCUUACACGUUACGAGGUACAAGUUGAAAGAGAGCAAUUCGAUUUGGUCGACAAUUUAAGAUCAACUUUCCAGAAUCUAUUAGCUUGUGCUCUGCAGGCUCAAGUUAAAUUACUAGAAAUGCAACCCUCAUUUCAGGAUGAUUUAAAAACUAAUUUGGAUAAUUUCAAACAGGAUAAAAUCACAUAUGUCAAUGAAUAUCGCACAGCAGGACCCAUGCAGCCAGGAUUAACUCCACGAGAAGCUUCGGAUCGUUUAAUACUUUUUCAAAAUCGUUUUGAGGGAAUGUGGCGUAGAUUACAGACCUAUCAGAGUGGUGAAGAAUUAUUUGGUUUACCACAAACUGACUACCCCGAAUUGGGUCAAAUUCGAAAGGAAUUGAAUCUUUUACAGAAAUUAUAUAAACUAUAUAAUGAUGUUAUAGAUCGAGUUAGCAGUUAUUAUGAUAUACCCUGGAAUGAGGUGGACAUAGAGGAGAUUAAUAAUGAACUAAUGGAAUUUCAAAAUCGUUGUCGUAAGCUACCCAAAGGCUUAAAGGAAUGGCCGGCUUUUCAUGCUUUAAAGAAAACCAUAGAUGACUUUAACGAUAUGUGUCCUUUGCUUGAGCUAAUGGCUAAUAAGGCCAUGAAACCUAGACAUUGGCAAAGAAUUAUGGAUGUUAGUAAUUAUAUUUUUGAAUUUGAUUCUGAAGGUUUUUCCUUAAAGAAUAUAUUGGAAGCUCCCCUAUUGAAACAUAAAGAAGAUAUUGAGGAUAUUUGUAUAAGUGCCAUGAAAGAGAAAGAUAUAGAAGCGAAAUUGAAACAAGUGACCAAUGAGUGGUCUGUGCAUGAACUACAAUUUAUGAGUUUCAACAAUCGAGGCGAACUACUGCUAAGAGGUGAUACUACAGCAGAAACCAUAGGUCAACUGGAAGAUAGUUUAAUGAUUUUGGGUUCUUUGCUCUCCAAUCGUUAUAAUGCCCCAUUUCGCAAGCAAAUUCAGCAAUGGGUCUAUGAUCUUUCAAAUUCUAAUGAGAUCUUGGAAAGGUGGCUUUUGGUGCAGAAUAUGUGGGUUUAUUUGGAAGCUGUAUUUGUGGGCGGUGACAUUGCCAAGCAACUGCCAAAAGAAGCUAAAAGAUUUUCCAAAAUCGAUAAAUCCUGGCAAAAGAUUAUGCAAAGAGCUCAUGAGACCCCGGGUGUAGUAGCCUGUUGUGUGGGCGAUGAUUUGUUGAAACAAUUGCUGCCACAUCUUCAAGAACAAUUGGAAAUAUGUCAAAAAUCUUUAAGUGGCUAUUUGGAGCGUAAACGUAUGAUGUUUCCCAGAUUCUUUUUUGUCUCCGAUCCUGCUUUAUUGGAGAUUUUGGGACAAGCUUCCGAUUCGCAUACCAUACAAAACCAUUUACUCUCCAUAUUCGAUAAUACGCGUAAAGUUAAAUUCCAUGAUAUAGAAUACAAUAAAAUGAUGGCGAUUAUUUCGAGUGAAGGUGAAAUGAUACAACUAGAUCGUGCCAUACGAGCGGAGGGUUCUGUUGAGACAUGGCUAACUCAAUUACUGGUCACAGCACAGCAGUCAUUACAUUCCAUUAUACGUACCGCCUAUGCCACAAUCAAUGAUCCAAAUUUCACUCUAUUAGGCUUUCUAGAGAAGGUACCGGCCCAAGUUGGCCUAUUGGGCAUACAAAUGAUUUGGACACGCGAUGCGGAAAUGGCUCUGAUGCAGGCCAGGCAUGAGAGGAAAGUCAUGUCCGAAACAAAUAAUAAAUUUUUGGAUAUUCUCAAUACAUUAAUCGAUCAGACGACCAGGAAUUUGACUAAAAUGGAGCGAACUAAUUUUGAAACAUUGAUAACGAUUCAUGUUCAUCAGAGGGAUAUAUUUGAUAUAUUGUGUCGUAUGAAUAUAAAAUCGGCUAAUGACUUUGAAUGGUUAAAACAGUGUCGUUUUUAUUUUAAAGAAGAUUUAGAUAAAACUUGGAUAUCCGUUACCGAUGUUACGUUUACUUAUCAGAAUGAGUAUUUAGGUUGUACUGAUAGAUUGGUCAUAACACCAUUAACCGAUCGCUGCUACAUAACAUUAGCUCAAGCAUUAACAUUGAGUAUGGGUGGUGCACCAUGUGGUCCAGCUGGGACAGGAAAGACGGAAACAGUAAAGGACAUGGGUAAAACGUUAGCUAAAUAUGUGGUUGUAUUUAAUUGUUCCGAUCAAAUGGAUUACAGAGGCUUGGGUCGUAUUUACAAAGGUUUAGCUCAAUCCGGUUCAUGGGGCUGUUUCGAUGAAUUCAAUCGCAUUGAAUUGCCAGUCUUAUCGGUGGCAGCGCAACAAGUUGCUGUUGUCUUAACGGCCAAAAAGGAAAAGAAGAAAUCUUUUAUAUUUACGGAUGGUGAUACCAUCGAAAUGAAUCCUGAAUUUGGUAUAUUUAUAACGAUGAAUCCCGGUUACGCUGGCCGCAAAGAGUUGCCCGAAAAUUUAAAAAUACAAUUUCGUACUGUAGCCAUGAUGGUGCCCGAUCGUCAAAUAAUCAUACGCGUUAAAUUGGCCUCCUGUGGUUUCUUAGAAAAUAUAACACUUGCACGUAAAUUCUACACUCUCUACAAGUUGUGUGAAGAACAAUUGACAAAACAAGUUCAUUACGAUUUUGGUUUACGUAACAUACUUUCGGUAUUGAGGACAUUGGGUGCAGCUAAGCGAAGGAACUCAAAGGAUAGCGAGAGUACGAUUGUGAUGCGAGUCCUACGUGAUAUGAAUCUAUCGAAAUUAAUAGAUGAUGAUGAACCAUUGUUUAUAUCACUGGUAUCGGAUUUGUUUCCCAAUCAGACCCUUGAAAAGACCAAUUACCCUGAACUAGAGGCUGCCAUAGCCCAGCAGGCCGAAGAAGCUAAUUUGGUCUACCAUCCUCCUUGGGUUCUUAAGCUUAUACAACUGUAUGAGACCCAAAAUGUACGUCAUGGAAUUAUGACUUUGGGUCCUAGCGGUGCGGGCAAAACCACCUGUAUACACACUUUAAUGAAGGCUCUAACACAAAUGGGUGAUUAUCAUCGUGAGAUGCGCAUGAAUCCAAAGGCCAUAACUGCAGCUCAAAUGUUUGGUCGUUUAGAUGUGGCCACCAAUGAUUGGACUGAUGGCAUAUUUUCAGCACUUUGGCGUAAAACUUUAAAAAUAAAGAGCGGUGAACAUGUUUGGUUGGUUUUAGAUGGCCCCGUGGAUAGUAUAUGGAUUGAAAAUUUAAACUCUGUGCUCGAUGAUAAUAAAACUUUAACAUUAGCCAAUGGCGAUCGCUUAACCAUGGCUCCUACAGUGAAAAUUAUUUUCGAACCUCAUAAUAUAGACAAUGCUUCACCGGCCACUGUUUCACGCAAUGGCAUGGUGUAUAUGAGUUCUUCUGGUUUGGAUUCAAGACCCAUUGUCCAGGCCUGGCUUAAAAAUCGUGCUCCUGGUGAGAAAACAGUAUUCUCCGAUUUAUUUGAACGUACUUUUGUUCCCGUAUUUUCUUGGGGUACACAGAAUCUAAAACUACUAAUGCCCGUCCUACAAUGUAACGUUGUACGUCAAAUGUUACUCAUUUUGGAGGGUUUAGUGCCGGUAAAAAAGGAAGAUGAACAAGCUGUUAGUAUGUCUAGCAAAGAUAGUCAAGAUGAAGAAGCCGCUGAAGAAACUUUGGUAGAGGAAAAAGAAGAUACUUGCACACCAGAGCAUUUACAUCGUUUGUAUAUCUUUGCUUUAGCCUGGGGUUUGGGAGCUUAUCUUAAUACAGUGGAUCGUGUUAAAAUGAAUCAAUUUGUUAAGGAAACUUUUCCCGAUUUAGAUUUUGCCAAAGGCACUACUAGUGAAAAUAGUAUAUUCGAUUUUUUUGUUUCGGCCACAGGCUCUUGGCAAUCAUGGAAGACUUUAGUUACGCCCUAUAUGUAUCCAGAAGUUUCUACGCCAGAUUAUUUGAGCAUCUUAGUACCCAUUGUGGAUAAUGUACGCAUGGAUUAUUUGAUCGGUUGUAUAGCCAAUCAAGAGAAGGCUGUGAUGUUGAUUGGUGAGCAGGGUACCGGCAAGACAGUGAUUAUGAAGAAUUUCAUGAAAAAGAUGAAUGUGGAAACUUAUAUGGGACGUUCAUUUAACUUCUCAUCGGCCACAAGUCCAUAUCAAUUUCAAAGGACUAUUGAAAGUUAUGUCGAAAAGAGAGUGGGUGUAACUUUUGGUCCUCCGGGUGGCCGUAAAUUGAUUGUUUUCAUCGAUGAUAUUAAUUUACCCGAAAUAAACGAAUGGGGUGAUCAGGUGACCAAUGAGAUUGUUAGACAAUCGAUGGAUAUGAAAGGUUUCUAUAGUUUGGAGAAACCGGGUGAUUUUACCACCGUGGUUGAUGUGCAAUAUGUGGCUGCCAUGGGUUUGCCGGGAGGUGGUCGCAAUGAUAUACCUUCUCGAUUGAAAAGACAAUUUUGUGUUUUCAACUGCAAUAUACCCGAUAAUGAUUCCAUAGAUAAAAUAUUUCGUGUUAUAGGCGAAGGUCAUUACAAUGCCAAAAGAGGUUUCAUACCGGAUGUAAGAAAUUUGGUUAAGAAAUUGAUAGUUAUUACACGCUAUUUAUGGCAACGCACUAGAGAAAAAUUACUGCCUACACCGGCCAAAUUUCAUUAUGUAUUCAGUUUAAGAGAUUUGUCGCGCAUAUGGCAGGGUAUGGUGGGCACUUUAUCAACUGUUAUCACUUCUGAAAGUGUGUUAAUGUCUUUGUGGAAACAUGAAUGUACACGGGUAUUUGCUGACCGAUUUACCAAUUUCCCCGAUAAGGAAUGGUUUAGUUCGGAAUUGUCGUGUCUGGUGCGUUCGGAAUUGGGUGAAAAUCAUGUGCAAAUGAUUUUACCGAAUCCAGUGUUUGUUGAUUUUAUGCGUGACGCUCCUGAACCUACAGGCGAAGAGGGAGAAGAUGCUGAUAUGGAAUUGCCCAAAGUCUAUGAACCGGUGACCUCUCACGAAGUACUCCGUGAGCGUCUGGUUAUGUUUCUUGCCCAAUUUAAUGAAAUGGUGCGAGGUUCCGGGAUGGAUUUAGUUUUCUUUCCUGAUGCCAUGUUGCAUUUGGUAAAGAUUUCUCGUAUUAUAAGGCAUCCUCGUGGAAAUGUCAUGCUGGUGGGGGUCGGUGGUUCUGGCAAACAAUCGCUUACGAAAUUGGCUUCAUUUAUAGCUGGUUAUAAAACAUUCCAAAUAGCACUAACACGUUCGUAUAAUGUGGCCAACUUUUUGGAGGAUCUUAAACUGCUAUAUCGUACUUGUGGUGUCCAAGGAAAGGGUACCACCUUCCUUUUCACUGAUAUGGAUAUAAAAGAGGAAGGCUUCUUAGAAUACCUUAAUAAUAUUCUUUCUUCGGGUGUUAUAUCAAAUCUAUUCUCCCGAGAUGAACAGGCAGAAAUUGUUCAGGAAUUGACACCCAUUAUGAAAAGAGAAAAUCAACGAAAGACCGCCACCCCUGAGAGUGUGAUGGAGUUCUUUUUGGCUCGUACCUGUGCAAAUCUUCAUGUGGCUUUUUGCUUUUCACCUGUGGGAGAGACUUUCCGAGCACGGGUACAACGUUUUCCGGCUUUAGUAUCGGGCUGUACCAUUGAUUGGUUUCAACCUUGGCCUAAGGAUGCUCUCGUCUCGGUUUCUCGACACUUUCUGAGUGACUUUGAAAUAGAGUGUACACCGGAAGUGAAAGAAGAACUUGUUAAUGCUUUGGGUUCAAUACAAGAUGUAGUAGCAGAAACUUCUCAAGAAUAUUUUCAACGUUUUCGCCGUGCUACUCAUGUAACACCAAAGUCGUAUCUCAAUUUUAUAGCAGGCUACAAGAAUAUCUAUCAGCAGAAGCAAAAGGAAUUGGGAGAUGGUGUAGAGAAAAUGGAUACCGGCUUAGAGAAAUUAAAGGAAGCUUCAGCGUCAGUGGAAAUACUUAAAAAGGAAUUGGUGGUAAUGGAAGAAGAGCUGGUAGAAGCAUCUAAAAAAGCCGAGUCUGUCUUGGUGGAAGUAACUGAGCGUGCGAUGCAAGCAGAAAUUGUAAAAAAUCAGGUUUUGAUAGUUAAGGAUAAGGCUGAAGCAUUGGUGGCAUGUAUAGCCAAUGAAAAGGCUUUGGCUGAAGAAAAACUUGAGGCAGCCAAACCGGCUCUGGAAGAAGCAGAGAAUGCUUUAAAUACCAUCAAACCAGCUCAUAUAGCAACAGUACGUAAAUUGGGUAGACCACCUCAUCUUAUUAUGCGCAUUAUGGACUGUGUACUAAUACUCUUCAAACGUAAACUACAUCCAUGUAUACCAGACUCUGGAACACCAUGUCCAAAACCAUCAUGGCAAGAAUCAUUAAAGAUGAUGGCUAGUGCAACAUUCCUGUUACAGCUACAGAACUAUCCUAAGGAUACAAUAAACGAUGAAAUGAUUGAUUUAUUACAACCAUACUUUCGCAUGGAAGACUAUAAUAUGGAUAUGGCACGUAGGGUUUGUGGUGAUGUUGCUGGUCUAUUGUCUUGGACAAAGGCAAUGGGUUUCUUUCAUAGUGUCAAUAAAGAAGUGCUGCCAUUGAAAGCCAAUUUGACAAUGCAGGAAGCUAGACUGAAGCUCGCUAUGGACGAUCUUGCUGGUGCUGAAGAUCAAUUACGUGAACGUGAAGAAGCCCUACAGGCGGUUAAAAAUCAGUAUGACAAAGCUGUAGGCGAAAAGCAGCGACUCACCGAUGCGGCCAAUGCUUGUCUUCGUAAAAUGACUGCUGCUACAGCUCUCAUAAAUGGUCUGUCGGAUGAGAAAGUUAGAUGGACUAAUCAAAGUAAAGAGUUUAAAAUACAGCUUGGCAAACUAGUGGGAGAUGUACUAUUAGCCACAGGUUUUCUCUCCUAUUGUGGUCCCUAUAAUCAAGAGUUUCGUGCAAACUUAAUAAGAACCUGGAUGGGUAUACUAAAACAAAAAACUAUACCCUUCACUACGGGUCUUAAUAUUAUAAAUAUGUUGGUGGACUCAUCUAUGGUUUCCGAAUGGACUUUACAGGGUCUGCCCAAUGAUGAAUUGUCUGUGCAAAAUGCUUUAAUAGCCACCAAGUCCAGUAGCUAUCCUUUGCUAAUAGAUCCACAAACACAGGGCAAACUAUGGAUUAAGUCUAAAGAAGAGCAAAAUGAGCUGCAAAUCACUUCACUAAAUCAUAAAUAUUUUAGAACGCACUUAGAAGAUGCUCUUUCGUUGGGUAGACCUUUAUUGAUAGAGGAUGUGGGUGUAGAAUUGGAUCCAGUUAUUGAUAAUGUUUUAGAAAAGAAUUUCAUUAAAUCAGGCAGUAUAGAAAAGGUAUUGGUGGGUGAUAAAGAAUGUGAUGUUAUGCCGGGUUUUAUGUUGUACAUUACCACCAAACUACCCAAUCCACCGUUUAGUCCGGAAGUAAGCGCCAAGACUUCUAUUAUAGAUUUUACCGUAACCAUGAGAGGUUUGGAAGAUCAACUGCUGGGCAGAGUUAUAUUAAUGGAGAAAUCCGAUUUAGAAGCUGAAAGAGUGGCUCUCUUCGAAACUGUUAUGCAAAAUCAAAGGAAUAUGAAAGAACUGGAGGCUAAUUUACUAUAUCGUUUAAGUUCCUCACAGGGUUCUUUGGUUGAUGAUGAAGCCCUUAUUGAAGUAUUGAGGGUAACAAAAACUACUGCUGAAGAAGUAAAUGAAAAACUCAAAAUAGCCGAGGUAACCGAACGUAAAAUUAUGAAAGCUAGAGAAGAAUUUAGAGCUGUGGCCGCUCGAGGUUCUAUACUUUAUUUUCUGAUCGUAGAAAUGAGCAAUGUCAAUGUCAUGUACCAGAAUUCGCUUAAACAAUUUCUGGUUAUUUUCAAUAAUUCCAUCACUAAAUCAACCAAAUCAAAUGUCACCGAAGAACGUAUUAACAUUAUUUUACGCUACUUAACUUACGAAGUCUAUAAGUUCACCAACCGUAGUCUAUACGAGCGCCACAAACAACUGUUCACUUUGAUGUUAGCCAUUAAAAUAGACUAUCACAAGGGAAAUAUAAGUCAUGAGGAAUUCAUGGCUUUUAUUAAGGGUGGUGCAUCAUUGGAUUUAAAUGCUGUACAACCAAAACCAUUCCGUUGGAUUUUAGACAUCACUUGGUUGAAUUUAGUCGAAAUAAGUAAAUUGGAAACGUUUGUUAAUGUUUUGGAAUUGAUUGAACUUAAUGAACGUGAAUGGCGAACUUGGUAUGAAUCUGAAAAGCCUGAAAAUGAAGAAAUACCCUGUGGCUAUCAAACAUCAUUGGAUGGUUUUCGUAAACUACUACUAAUACGAUCAUGGUGUCCAGAUCGCACUAUUUCACAAGCUAAGAAAUAUAUAGAAGAAUCACUGGGACCCGAAUAUAGUGAAAUGCAAAUUUUAGAUUUAGAACUCACAUGGUCCGAGUCAGAGCCUAGGACUCCCUUUGUAUGUUUACUCUCAAUUGGCUCGGAUCCAACAACACAGAUAGCUGCUUUAGCCAAACAAAAAGGAAUACCACUCAAAUCAGUCUCUAUGGGUCAGGGACAAGAAUUUCAUGCACGUAAAAUGAUUAUGGAUUCAAUGGCGAACGGUGGUUGGGUAUUAUUACAAAACGUACACUUAUCUUUACCAUUUUGCACAGAAGUAAUUGAUAUGUUGGUUGAAACGGAACAUAUUGAUAAUUCAUUUCGUAUGUGGGUGACUACCGAACCCCAUUCAGACUUUCCUAUUGGUCUACUGCAAAUGGCAAUUAAAUUUACUAACGAACCUCCGCAAGGUAUACGUGCUAGUUUAAAGAGAAGUUAUCAGGCUUUCACACAAGAUUUCUUAGAUUAUACGGCAGCACCUCAAUGGCCCACUCUACUGUAUACAGUGGCAUUUCUACAUACCAUUGUACAAGAAAGACGUAAAUUUGGCCCUCUGGGCUGGAAUGUACCAUAUGAAUUUAAUGCUGCCGACUUUGCAGCCAGUGUACAGUUCGUACAGAAUCAUUUGGAUGAAAUGGAUCCGAAGAAAGGUGUCUCUUGGCAAACACUUGUCUAUAUGAUUGGUGAGGUACAGUACGGUGGUCGAGUAACAGAUGAUUUUGACAAACGUCUGUUGACCACCUUUACAGCGGUAUGGUUUUGUGAAGGCCUGUUAAGUCCAUCGUUUGAAUUUUAUAAGGGUUACAAAGUGCCCAAUACGAAGAAUUUGCAAACUUUUAUUGAUUACAUUAAUAAUUUACCGGCAUACGAUACACCUGAAGUAUUUGGUUUACAUUCGAAUGCUGACAUCACGUAUCAAAUUAAUUCUGCCAAAGGAAUAUUGGAUACAAUACUCAGUGUACAGCCCAAGGAAGGUGGCGGUGGAGGUGGUGAAACUAGAGAAAGUAUUGUCUAUCAAUUGGCUGAUGAUAUGUUAAGGAAAUUACCACCUCAAUAUAAUGCAUACGAAGUUCGUGAGAAUUUAAUACGAAUGGGUAUACUGUUACCAAUGAAUAUAUUUCUAAGACAAGAAAUUGAUCGCAUGCAAAAGGUAAUAAAAAGAGUGUACAAUUGUUUGUGUGAUCUGAAAUUGGCAAUUGAUGGCACGAUUGUAAUGAGUCCUGCAUUAAAAGAAUCUCUAGAUGCCAUGUAUGAUGCUCGUAUACCAGAAUCAUGGAUGAAGAUAUCAUGGGAAUCAACAACACUGGGAUUCUGGUAUACGGAACUGUUAGAACGCAAUGCACAAUUUCGUACUUGGAUUUCAACUGACCGGCCAAAAGUAUUUUGGAUGACAGGUUUCUUUAAUCCUCAAGGUUUUUUAACAGCUAUGCGUCAGGAAGUAACACGAGCCCACAAAGGUUGGGCUCUUGACUCUGUAGUAUUGCAAAAUCAAAUAACACGCUAUAAUAAAGAGGACAUAACAGAGUAUCCAACUGAAGGUGUCUAUGUGCAUGGAUUGUUUCUAGAAGGUGCUUCAUUGGAUCGUCGCAGUGGAAAAUUAAUCGAAUCGAAAAUGAAAGUUUUAUACGAACAAAUGCCAGUGAUAUAUAUUUAUGCCAUAAAUACUACCGCUGGUAAAGAUCCCAAAUUAUAUGAAUGUCCCAUUUAUCGUAAACCACAACGUACCGAUUUGAAAUAUGUGGGUUCUAUAGAUUUUGAAACCGACUUCAAUCCCAAACACUGGACACUGCGUGGUGUUGCUUUAUUGUGUGAUAUUAAGUAAAUCCCACAGUGCUGUAUAGUUUACAUGUUAUACACACAUACAUAUCUAUCUAUCUAUCAAAUGUGUGGGAUUAUUUGAAAAACGUGUAUUUGUUUAGAUGAAUAUUAAGAUUAUUUAAAAUUCUGUUUUAUUUAUGAUUGUUUUUUACUAAUUGGAAGUAGAGUGUAUGUAUGUAUGUAUAUCUGUCAAUUUAUCUGUGUCUUUUUCGUUUGCCUUUUAUCAUAUUCUUAGAAUAUAUUAGUAGUAUCCUUAUAUUAAUUUCUAGUUUGUUAAAUUAACUCCUGUAGGCAAAUUAAUUAUGCUUCCGUUUACAGAUACAAGUUUAACGUUGCUGAUAAUCUUUAUGGAAAUCUUUAAUGAAAUUAGUCUUAGAUAAGGUAUUGUAGUAGGAGGUAAAUUUUAAC